CAGACAGCAGACAGACGGACAGAAGCAGCUUCCAGCCACCUGCACACACCAACAUGAAGUCCUCCGCCAUCAUGGCCGCCGUCGCCAUCCUCAGCUGCCUGCUGGUUCUCUGUGCUCAAGGACGCCCAGUUCCUGAGUCCAGUAGGUGUCAGUGCUCAAAUGGUUUUACCAAGAUACAAGGAUCCAUGCUGAGGAAACCACACCAGUUCCAUGUUCAGCAUCCAACUAACUUCUGUCCGAACACGGAGAUCAUCCUCACCUUGGCAGGAGGGAAGAAGAAGUGUGUGGACCCCAAGUCUCGUCUGGGAGGGUUGGCCCUCAAACAGGACAGCCUCAAGAAGCAAGCAGCUGCCAGCUCCACUGCAGCGUCCAGCCAGACUCCAACAGGGAGCCCAGCCACGGUGCAGACCACGUCCAGCCUGUGAAGUCGUCCUGCAGCUCCCAUGUACAGACCCAAACACUAAUUUAUACAUUCCUCCCUGUUUCUGUAGAUAUGAACUUUUUGCAAAUAAAAGCC